UCCCCAUCUCUUAAUUCAGUUCGGAAUCAGUCUCCGAUACGCAAACAUCGUACCAUCGUUCGACUGUAACCAUGGACAGGUGGAUCGGAAAAGUAGCCCUGGUGACAGGAGCCAGUUCAGGAAUCGGAAGUGAUACUGCGCUGGCUCUAGCUAAUGCUGGCAUGGUGGUCGUAGGAUUGGCUAGACGCGUCGAAUUAAUUGAAGAGCUAGCGAAUAAAGUUACCGGCAGUGGUAAAAUUUACGCAAGAAAAUGUGAUGUUGCUAAUGAGUCGGAACUGAUGGAGGUGUUCAGUUGGAUUCGAACCGUACUCUGUGGAGUUGAUGUGCUGGUUUGCAACGCCGGUAUCUUCCGAUGCAACUUUAUUACACAAUGUGAAUCUUCAGACUACCGUGAUACUUUCAAUGUGAAUGUUGUGGCAACCUGCAUCUGUAUCCGGGAAGUUGUGAAAAAUAUGAAAGAGCGAGCUGUGCCCGGACACAUUUUCAUAAUCAAUAGUAUUCUGGGAAAACGGAUUCCUGAUGUAUCAUUUCCCAUGUUUGGCCCAUAUCCGGCCUCAAAGUUUGCUUUAUGUGGACUAGCGGAAGUAGUUCGGAAGGAACUUUUAUACUUUAAACUACCAAUUAGACUAACCAGUAUUCAUCCUGGUAUGGUUCAAACCGAUAUGAUUAAGGUGUUCGAUUCCGCUCUAGCCCAACGUUUGCCGAAGCUGCAAGUGAGUGAUAUUACAGCAAAUAUUCUGUAUUGUCUGCAAACAUCAUUGGAUGUACAUAUUGAUGAGCUGACAAUCAUGCCGGCAAUGGUUCCUUUGAUGUCACACAGUGAGUUCUAAUAUUUUACUCAACUUAUAAUGUUUGAUUCUCAUAUAUUUACAAAUAAAAAAUCUAUACUAAAAAUA